AUGUCAAGGAGGCCGGUCAAUCCUUCACGUCGGUUAGGUGAUGGUGGAAGUAUACCAUUUGUUGCCUCUAUCCAGUCUAAAUCUAAGAACUCUCCCCUGAUAUCUAUUGGGCUUGUUAUUGUGGGUGCAAUUCUUCUGAUUGGUUAUUUUUACAGCAGUACAGGUGGAGCUAGUGGUGAUAUUAAGGAUGUGAGUAAACUUGAAGGUGGUUCAUCAUGUACAUUAGAAGUACUACAAGCAUUGCCUGUUUUGAAGAAAGCAUAUGGAGACAGCAUGCAUAAGGUUUUGCACGUUGGUCCUGACACUUGUACUGUGGUAUCUAGUUUGUUAGCUGAAGAGGAUACUGAAGCUUGGGGAAUAGAACCUUACGAAUUAGAUGAUGCAGGCACAAAGUGCAAAAGUCUUGUACGAAAGGGCAUUGUGCGCGUGGCUGACAUAAAGUUUUCUUUACCUUACCGCGCAAAGUCAUUUUCUCUUGUCAUUGUCUCGGAUGCAUUGGACUACUUAUCUCCAAAAUACCUGAAUAAAACCCUGCCAGAGUUAGUGAGGGUAUCUUCUGACAGUGUGGUUAUCUUUUCAGGUUAUCCUGGUCAACAGAGAGUUAGAGGUGAACAAUUGGCCAAAUUUGGUCGUCCAGCCAAAUUGCGGAGCUCAUCUUGGUGGAUAAGGUUUUUCGUUCAAACAAGUUUAGAAGAAAACGAAACUGCUGGAAAGAAGUUUCAACAAGCUUCAGCCAAGAAGGCAUAUGCACCAGCUUGCCAAGUUUUCCACCUUAAAUCAUUCUCUUGA